UGUUUUUAAAUACAAAAUUGUCAGAAUCAGCUUCAUUAGCCAAGUGUGGAAAAACACAAGGAAUUUUUUUUCCGGAAGUCGCGCUGCCUUGGUACGAUAUUCAAUUUCAGAACAAACAACAACAAAGGAACAAGAGAUAUUUCUGUUUAUAGGAACUAUUCCUUAACAGAGUGGUGCAAGAUGUAAAAUCUUCAUUUAGAACAGCGUUACAUCAAGAUGUGGGCCAGAGCAGUGUGGAUUGAAGGAAAUGUGGAAGAAGAGGCAGUUGUGCCAUUGUGCUGGAUUGACACAUCAGAAGAAAUCUUGUACUGGCCAAAGUUGAACGAGCGAACCGCACUGAAGAAGAAACAGAAGCCAGUAAAGGGCAACAAAUGGUGGGAGUUCAAACUCCUCCAAAUAAAGUUCACAUCGGUCAAGUAUGAUGAAUGUGACGACUACGAGAUCACAACUACUGUGAAGGAUAAAACUGUAAAUGAAGCUGAGGAUGCCCAGAAGAGGAACCUCAAGAAGAGAACCUUAGAAGAUUGGAGUCUGAAAGAAUCGUCAGAAGAUGAGGAGAGCACAUCACACAAUUGUCAAGCUCUGCUCCAGAGUCUAAGCAAAGCUACCUUGGCAGGUCCUCCGAAGAAAAAACAUUUUCAUCUUGAUUGUGCUCCAAAAAACCCCAGAACACCUAAAAUGGAGGAUUCCGACAGUGAUGCCAGUUCUGUAAUUUCCCAGCAAGACCAUCAAAGCAGUGGAACAGUUGGUUCACGGUCACCACGAAGAACCCUGAGACAUUCAAAACCAAGCCAUCCACCAUCAACCUCGAGCCUCCCCCAUUCCUCCAAAGAGAGUUGGCCCAUGUUAGAAGCAAGGUUCCAGGAAAAAGUGCUGAUGCUGCUUACUGAGAUAAGAGACACCGUCAGGCAUCGAGGCCGUAGGGCAGCACAAGAAGAGGAAAUCAACAUUGUACAGAUACGAUCUCUGGCCGACUUUAUUGUCCUUGAACAGAAGGUGACGGAAGACCCUUCUGCUUCUGCAAAACUGAAAUCCCAAAUGUUGAUAGUUGGAGGGGUAACCCUCAAGGAAAAUACCAAACGGAUCCUGACGAGACUUCUCACAAAUGAGGUCAUGUCAGGGAUGAACUUUCAAGGCAAGCGAGGAAAGUUCGGAUUUGGGCUUACCACAACAUAUCAGAUUUUACAAGAAUGUGUCUUGACAAACCACGAGGGCACCCUGAGUGACGUACAAAGUGCGGUCACGUCUUGCCUAAAAUAUGCGCCUGACAGAUUCGGUGGCAGUGGCAGGAAACUGCUACGAGAGGAACCCAGUUGGGGGUUAAUUUAAGCAAAAUGUUUAUUUGUUCUAAAUGACAGAAUAGAAGUUAUGUUAUUUGUUCUAAAUGUUUUUCUGUGGGCAGUAUAAUUUAAUUGCAAUUGUUUGUAGUUUGAAAAAGUCUGGUUUCACACUGCAUAUUAAAGGUUUCAAAUGAUGUUUUCUUCUUCCUCUUUUCCUUUCGGCUUGUCCCGUUAGGGGUCACCACAGCUUUUUAAUGGCUCAAUUUCCAUGUAGCAUGGCAGCGUUGAUUAUAUGUUGGAUUGUCAUGUUGAUGCAAUUUAUGAAUACAAUGUAAAAUCAACGUAUCAACAUUGACUCCACGACUUGUGCCUCCAGUGUUUUUUUUUUCUUUUUCUAACUGGCUCAAAUUGAUUACCUUUAACACCUUCAUAAAGCUCGUAUUCUUCACCGUCUUCCUGGGACCCUUCAGAAUAACGUUCAUCGCUCGAAUUAUCGGAAAAUUUGUCGCCGUUCUUAUAAUGUAUUCCUACGAGAUCCAUGUCGUCACAACGUUCUACGUCACGCUCCUGAUCGGCUUUUUCCCGCUUCGUUUCCGUCAUUUUCCGGCAAAUACAGCAAUGUGCGAUCAUUUUUUGCAAAUAAACUAAAAAUAAAAAUGUUUCCUUCAUAACGGAUUUAAGAUUUGUAUUCAGCAUAAAAACUAAUAUUAGCAAAAAGGUGCAUUGCGGGCCUUCCUUUCCUUCACCCAUGUGACCUGUCCCCUCCUCCGUCAGGUUCUGACUGGACAUUACAUAAUACGCAUCAUAUUUCUUUGACAAAAACCAUUGUAUUGGGGCUAAAAAUGAACAAAUUAGGGGGGAAAAUCCUAAUUACACAGAAUGAAAGGAAACCUUGGUAGAAGCAUGCACAUAAGCAUAUAUAAUUGGGCAAAAAAAAGUCCAGUACAAUGAUAAACUAUUUAUCUAGUUAAUAAGAAACAUAUAUAGCUAUAUAGCAAUGCACAUUUCAAGGAGGAACAACCCAUUGACUGAUAGUGAACAGACAAAGCAUCCCUAAUCCACUGUUUCUACUGCCAUCGCUGUUUGUUAUCCAUACUUUUGUUUUAAAUUCUGGUUCACUAACACAACGUAACAACAAUGGCCACCAUCAGGCUUCACUGAAGAAUGUUUACAACAAACAUAUCCAGAAGUUUUGUUUUGUGGAUGUACACUGCAUUGUACAUUUUGUAACAAAGUAGAUAAGUUCAAAAAUGAAGUUUUAGUCACUGACAUACAAUCUGACUUUCACGAUGAUGACAAGUCUUCAAUUCAUAUCAAUCACAUGACAAAGAGAAAAUCAUGUCAGUUUGUGUAAGCAAUUCUAAAGACCAAAAUUUAAAUCGACAAUUCCAAAUCCCAAAAUUUAAAAUCAAUAACAAUUGUGCGAUUAGCCAAGUUAUGUCAUGCAUGUCAACAGAUGGGAAAAUGCAAUUUAAAAAAAUUGCACACUUUUUAAAUAAACUCAUUUUGGCAACCAAAUGACAAUUUUUAACAAAUUGUUUCAUUCAAAAAUUGAACUGAGAAGUAGAAUUCUCAGUUACAAUACUCCAUUAUUAUUAGAGUCCAGACCUGCACAAGCAUAUGCAUUCAGAGCCAGAGCUAUUUUCCUUCCUGGGUUUUACAUAUAUAUAUUUUUUAAAUGUAUAAACUAAUCAUCAAAAGGGGAGUAAAAUAAUUUCAAAGGUUUGCAUUAAUCCUGAAAGUCGUGCAGUCACUUAAAGGCUGUAUUUCCAACACAUGAUACAAAAUCACUCAAAAGCACCCCAUUGAAAGUUGGGGGGGG